AUUAUUUUAAAAGACGACCUUUACUGAUGCAAGUGAAGGUUUCAAAGUGUAACUAUUGCGUCCUUCGAACUUAUUGGCAAGCUGAAAAAGUGCAAGGUGCGCGUCACGUAACCAAAAGUCAUGCCGAGUUCUACUGAGGACAUCACUACCAGAGCAAUCCAACCGGAAAUGCCAUUCUGAGCACAUCAGCAGUUGUGAAACAGUGGUGAGGGAGAUGAAUGGCCAGGCCUGCAACCUCAUGGUGUCACCGUCCGGCAUGCCCCAGUCCCUGGGAGCCAUCACCGGGCAGCAGGUACCCCAUAUCAGAGUCCAUGCUGGCGGCUGCGGUUCCCCGCCCCACCGUGCCAACCCGACCCCUGGCUCCAGGGCAAGCGCCAGCGGCGCUCUUUGCACUCAGUCACCUGUGAAUUCUAUCACCCUCCCAGCCUUAAGUCUCCGCAGACAAGUGCUGACCAACGGUAAACACCACGGCAACGUUCUCAAUGGACCACCACCUUCAUCGCAGCACCAUGCACCAUCCCUCCCUCUCCAACCGGCCACAUCCACAUCCAAACAGUGCCUCAAAUCCACCGGCUCCAACAGCGGCCACAGAGGUUACCCUGUCUUGGGGCAGAACAGAAAACUGCUGGGGCAGUACGGUGGUAAAAACUUACAGGUGACCAAUAGUGCCAUGAUAGUCCAGAGUCUUGACCCUGUUUCUCCAGCAACCAUUCAGACUAAUGUAUCGGGUCCGGCUGCCCCGUAUCAUGCUCCUCAUUCUCUGGGCCUCGUCGUCCCCUUUACAGAUGCCAGGUCUUUGCUCUCUAGAGAAUCCUUGGCCUCCACAACCCUCAGCGUCGCAGAGACCCAAUCAGUGCGAAGCAGCAAGUUGGACUGGCCUUAUGGGUAUCGCGUGCUGCCCCCUCUGUGCCCGCAGCAGAACUCAAAUCAGCCAGCGGAGGCCUCUGAUCUUCUGAGUCUUCCUCCAGGCACUGCCAUGUCCGGAGCCACCAACGUCUCUAACUCCGCCUCGCUUCCCUCCUAUCUGUUCACUGGGGACGCCGGCAGUCCCCGUCAUUCCUCCCGCUCCAAAAAAAGAGCGCUGUCCAUGUCGCCUCUGUCCGACGGCAUAGGCAUAGACUUCAACUCCAUCAUCCGCACGUCGCCCACCUCCCUGGUGGCCUACAUCAACGGUGCUCGAACCUCGCCCGCCUCCCACCCUGCCCUCUCCCCCCUGCAGUCAGACGUCUGCGGGCACCUCCUGGGCGUGAGAGGGAGCUGCAUCUUCCAACCCAGUCACAGCCAACACACUUCUAAGGUCGGCUACACGCCGGCCCUGAUGUCAAGCGGCGAUCCUCAGCCCGAGACAGAGAACCUUCGCAUGCGGAGGCUGGAGGAGGAGAGUGGGCUGGAAGGCCAGCCGAGCAACCUGGUGGUGGAGCAACAGCUUCUGCCGGCAGAGGGAAGCACAGUUGACAGGGCAGCGGAGGACCGAAGCGCCCUCGACAGUGGCCUGUCUCCAUCUAUACAGCUCCAGCUCCAACUGUCCGCUAUCAUCAGGACACCAACUCCUCCACUCAGGGGUCCUCCACCACCCUACCACUCUCACCAGCACGUACGAAGGCCCCAUAAUGACUUCUUUGGACAAAGUGAGAGUCCUAUGUGCCAGGUGUCCCUACCCCAUGUGGACAAUGUUUAUUCCCUUCCUCUGGCUCUAUGUCCUAUGCCAGAAGAGGACGAGGGCGAACUUGACGACUGUAAUGGAGGGUACUGCUGCCACUGGCUGGACUGCAGCGCAAUUUACAAUCACCAAGAGGAGCUGGUGAAGCACAUUGAGAAGCUGCAUGUCGACCAGCGCAAGGGCGAGGACUUCACCUGUUUCUGGACGGGUUGUCCACGGAAACACAAGCCUUUCAACGCCCGCUACAAACUGCUCAUUCACAUGAGGGUGCACUCCGGGGAGAAACCCAACAAAUGCUCGGUAUGUGGAGUUCAAGCAGAUUUUGAGGGUUGCCAAAAGGCGUUCUCUCGAUUGGAGAAUUUGAAAAUCCACCUUCGGAGUCACACAGGAGAGAAACCUUACCUCUGUCAGCACCCAGGAUGCCAGAAAGCCUUCAGUAACUCCAGUGACCGCGCAAAACAUCAGCGCACCCACCUCGACACAAAACCCUACGCGUGUCAGAUUCAGGGCUGCACAAAGCGCUACACAGACCCCAGCUCCCUUCGCAAGCAUGUGAAAUCACACUCCUCAAAGGAACAGCAAGCCAGGAAAAAGUUAAGGCCCAAUACAGAACUAAACCAAGACGAACUGUCAGACUGCCUAACAAUUCAACCCCUGCAGCCAAGCCUUUCACCUCUGGAUUUGAUUGACAGCAAAUUGUGCCAAUCCCCUGGUACCAACAGCAGCAUAAAUACAGAUGUCUUCUCUAUCAACCAGUCUAGCCAUGCCAGCAGUGUAGCUGGCUCCUUGCAUCUCGCUCAUCAUUCUCCUAAUGACCUCCUGCUACCUCUGCUUCCCCAUCUGCACGAAACCAACAGAUUCGUUACUCCCUUGCCCCAGCACAGAGGCUCUGCUUCAUCUCGCUUCCCAGCUCCUCAAUCUCAGCUUACCACAAGACUCACGGUUCCACCCCAAAAGACCUGUGGCAAAGCGCUAAGUCACUCCACACCCAGUCCACUCACAUCCAACCCAAUACUUCAGCAAGGUUUCUCCGGUCAUAUUCAGUCACCGUGCUUGUAUAAUGACAGUGACUCACCCAGGACAACGAAUCAGGUACCCCCGUGUUCCAUAAUGCAGAUUCCUACGUUUGAGCACAGUCUGGCCCCCACAGUCACAACACAGCACGACCCAGAUCGCGUUCCCAGACCGCUGUCGGGAAUCACAGAGGUGUACAAUCAUCAGAGUGGAUCACAGGCUUUCCUGACAGACCAGGGAAACACCAUGUCGGAGGACAACUAUCUCCACAUUAGCGCCUUGGAUCGGGGCUCGAGCCAGCUCUCAUGUGUCUAUGCCGAAGGAUGACAUUCAGCCUGUCCAUCCCACAAUGAGUUCACACUUGUUUUCUCAAAUUGUCUCUAAGCAAUGCCUCUGUUUUCUUUGUACUGUCAAAAUAACUGUUUAUUUGUUACAUCAUUCAGUGUUUCUCCUC